CAUGUCAUCUAUAUAUUACAUGUAGAAUACUGCAGAUGCUCAAAAACAUAUUGAAUAGCGUUUGGUAAUCCAUCAAUGGAGUUUAAUAUGGAUGAUGAGAAUUUGAUUUUUUUACGUCAGAUCAACAAAAUGAAAACUGCUAAGGCAAGGUUUAAUAGAAUGAAGGUCCUCAGCCAGAAGAAGGCAAAGCGGUUGAAGACAGCAAACAAAGAGAAUGGGUGUUUCUUCUCUCCAUCUUCCGUCCAACAAUCUUCGUCGUUCCGAACACUGUUAUCAACCAUAACUAUGAAUACCAUCAACAUUUCAUCAUCAUAUUCACCUAACCCCUUUCAACCAUCUUCUUCAAGAACUCAACCUUCAACUAUUGAGAUGUUAAAUUACCAGAAACCCACCAAAUUUCCUUCAAACAGAUUGGGUGUGAAUUUGACAAACAAAGAGAAUGAGUUUUUCUUCUCUCCAUCUUCCGUCAAACAAUCUUCGUCGUUCCGAACACCGUUAUCAACCAUAACAAUGAAUACCAUCAACAUUUUUGAGUCAUCUUCACCUAACACCUUUCAACCAUCUUCUUCAAGAACUCAACCUUCAACUAUUGAGAUGUUAAAAUACCGGAAACCCACCAUAUUUCCUUCAAAUGGAUUGGGUUUGAAUUUGACAAAAAAAUUUGACAGCACCGUUAGAGGCUCAAAUGAUCAUCCUGAGGUUUAUGCAUCUCCUGUCCCGGACACGGACAAUAACAAUUUAUUUUCGGAUUCAGAUGACAAUAGUACAAAAAGUUUUGAAACGGACUCUGAUAUUGAAUACUUGGAUGAAGGUUAUAACAUCUCUACAGACUUGAAUUCUGCAACGACUUCUUCAAAUGGAUACUACGAUAUAGGAGACGCUAAUGUGGAAUGCCAACAGUGCGGUGCGCAAAUGUGGUAUCUUGAAAGAAAGGAAAAGAAUCGAAAUAGAGCUAUUCCUAAAUUUUCAAUGUGUUAUCGAAAUGGCAAGAUUCAACUUCCAUUUCUAAAGAUGCCACCUAAAUAUUUGCAGCGUCUCUUAUUUGACAGUGAUACGGUUCAGUCUCGAAAUAUCCAGCAAAACAUACGAAUGUAUAACAUGAUGUUUGCAUUCACCUCUCAUGGUACUAAGAUGGAUAACCGUUUUAACAAUGGAAGCGUUCCUCCUACUUUCCGUAUUCAAGGGCAGGCCUGUCAUAGAAUUGGUAGUAUGUUACCCAUGUCGGGACAGACUCCAAAAUUUGCAAAACUCUAUAUUUACGACACUGAACAUGAAAUACAACACAGGAUUAAGGGGAUAAGGUAUUUAUUUGCCAAUGAUUUUUUGUUAUGUUCAUUUUGUGUUUGAGACUUUUUCAUAAUUUUUUGAACUAAUGUU